CGAGAAAGUGAGCAUCAUUCAUUCAUCCAUCUCGAUCUUCGCUUUGGUGGCUUUCACUUUCCUCAUGUGCAGGGAAAUUAUGAGCUCUCUCGCUCGUUGUUCACUUUCACUAAAACACACGCAAAUCCGGGGCUAGAUCAAAAUAAUUGACUAUCUGAAAUUGAUUCCAAGUGACGCAGUUUGUGAACAAUGGAAAAAGAACGGGUUACCAGUUUGAGUUGUAUACCGACAAUCCCAGCCAAGGACAAUGUAAACUUCCUAAACAUUCCGCUCGAGAUCAGGGUAAAAAUUUGGAAAGGAUUGAACUCGAGUGAUCUUGCAAGAAUGAGACUUCUGAGUCGACAAUUCAAACAAGAAAUUGAGCAGCAUUUGGAUUUUCACAUUAAUUUGGAUCAAGGUUAUCGCGGAUAUCGAAAACUUUGUCGGUUACACGUACGAUCAUGUACAAUUACAAACUUGACAAACCCUAAACUCCCAUCUGGACCUCUGUUUGUUUUUCCAAGUCGACUUAAAAAAUUACGACUGGACGGAAAUGUUUCAAAACAAAAUUUACUCAAUAUUCUCAACCAAUGUAGAGAUAUGGACCAUUUAUCUGUCACUCAUCAAACGAUGGGAAUUCCUGAACUGUUUUAUGACCCGCACAUCAAGGAGUGCUUACGAAAUAAUCUGCAACACGUCACAAAGUUGGACGUCCAACUAUUAAGAUACCCUAUGGCGGACCCAUUCAUAACAAACCCAAACAUGGACAUUAUGCUGACAAACUAUUUCCCAUCAUUAAAAAGUUUCAAACUUUGUUUCUCACUGUGGGGAAAUUAUGUUAAAAUUCUACACUUUCUUAAAAAACAUGCAUCCACGCUUCAGGAAUUGGAGCUUUUGGUUGGGGAUAGCGUGGAUGCUAAAAAUACAAAAAUAUUCCUACAGUCCAACCGCUCUCAAGAUCGUCGUGUUAGAGAAAUAGUAGACAUAAAAGUGCUCUCAUCUCUCAAAUUGACAAAGUUUAUUUUACGUGAUGAUGUUUUAAACACAAAUCCGACCGUGGCACUCUUCUUUUUAGAAAUCUUGGAGCAGUUGACAACAUUAAAAGUUUUCCAGUUUUAUUCUCCUGGUGAAAUAACGCUGCAAAACGUGCAAAGUAUUGUAUCUAAUAAUGAGAAUACUCUGGAGGAAUUUAUAAUCAGCAAUAUAAAGAAACCUGCGGCUCCAGUUGCAGAAAAUCUAAAUAACCACGAUGAUGAUGACGAAAAUGAUCAGGGGAUUAAUUUUCCGUUAGAUAUGUCGAUAUUCCAGAGGUGUGGGAAACUGAAGAGAUUGGAAUUAUCUUGUAACACAUGUCAUAAAACUGCUGGAGUACAGGCGACAUGUUUCAAAUUAUCCAAUUUGCAUCUCAUAUCUGAUGCUAUCGAGCGAGUCUGUCUGACAGGCUUCCAGAUAGAUCUCCAGGAACUGGUGCAUUGGUCAGAGAAUUCCGCCAUGAACUUGAAAGAGCUUUGCAUUGCUGAUGCAGGUUCCGUUAUCAAGUACUCUAUUUUAUUGGGAUGUGUCCUGAAGAACUGUACGCAACUUACGUAUCUUAAUGUCCGCCCCACUGUGGCCAAAAUAGACAAUGUUGUCGACGAGGCCGAGAGGCUGAGCGAAUUGAACGAGUUAACCAAACUGUACAAUCAUUUCAUUGGUACUCCAUUUGACGAAGACGAUCUCGAUGGCUUUGAAGUCACCAAAAUUAGCGAUACUAGUCGGAAAUGGGUCCAAGAGAAUAUUCAGUAUUGCAUUUAAUUGAAAGGGUUCUAUAAUAAGCUAGUAUGUAUCUGUUUGCAUUCUAUUACUUACCAACUUACGCCAAAGAAACAUUCUUAUUUACAUACAUUCUAAAUUUUAAAAUGUGAUAUGUGGUCUGUAUGUGAAAAGUGUUUUGUAUCAAAUUAUUAAAAUCUGAUUAUUUUUAUUUAUGGUAAUUUUGUAUUAUUUCAUAAACUGCAGUAUUGCACGAUAUUUUAAACCCUUUAGUGUUGCUUUUUGAUCAUAAUAAUAAACAUUAUUAUAUUUAUUUC